CUGCGACACUCGACUGAGAGGAAACAGAAAGCAUGGCGACAGAAGAGGGAGAGAAAAAACAUGCACUGGAGGUGUCUAGGUCAGGAUUACACCACCUUGCUUGCAUUCAGUUGCAGGACUUUACAUUGACCCUGAUUGAAAUCAAUAUCUAAGGACCUGGUUGGAACAAAGUCUCGCACACCCCUGAUCUGGGUCCGUGGCAACCUUCUUAUUCUUUGUCAUCCUUUUGGCUCCAGUAAUUCCAAAACCACAGGCAUGCCAUACCAGGGUUCAUGAGCUCAUUUUGCUCUCUUCUAGUAGCUCUAUCUUUCUACCUUCUACAUAGACUUGUGUGCAACAGAGAAGACGGGCCUACUCCAGAAAGAGCGCUUGCUUGAGACCCCAUCCAAAGACAUGUGAACUCUAUUUAGGAUUCGCUACCCAGCCUCCCACAGAAGGACCCUGAUGUUUCCAUUAUGGGCAUUUGCAGGUCACUUGCAUAUUAGAAUGAGUGAAUAAUAACUUGAAAUACUCAUCGGAUAUCGGUACUAGGAAGACUAUUUAUCUGAUUCUGAUCCUAAAAGGGUGACCUUGCUUGUUAACCUGCCCCAAAUAUUUAAAUUUGUAUUGCAAUUCAAGAAACAAUGUGUGCAGACAGUUUCUCAAGUGCAUUUUUCAAUACAGCAUAUACAUCCAAACAGGGAAGCAGAAAACCUCUUCAUACAGCCAAGCAUUUACCAUGGAGUGCUGAAGUUGAUACAAUUAUAUUUAAGGCAUAUAUUAAUUCCUCCUGACAAGAAUCUCAUAUUUUCCCUUUUGAGACGGCAAUAUAAAAAUAACAUAACUGUAAAAAAGUCCAGAAAUCAGUGUUACAGAACAGGGGUCGUCAAUCUAUGACGCAUGAGAAGGUUUUGAGUGACACUCGCACAGCUAGUCCAGUUUAGGACAUGUAAAGAUCUCAAGUUAAAUAUUUUUCCUUUACUUACCACAACCGUGUUUGUUCAUUUUUAAAAUAACAGCACAGUAUGUAUUUAUUUAUUUUAUUUAAUCUAAUCUGUGCGUAUCUAGUGGAGCAAUUAUUUCUGGGUCCGCCGUCUAUGCAUAAUAUAUAUUGCGUGAGUUGGCAGUACUUGCUGUGAGUGUGAGACAAGUAAAGAAAAAGAAAGAACCUGGCGGAAGCGCUUGACAAAAUGUCUGUCUGUAAGAAAGCAAAAGUGCGUUCAUUUCACGCUAGCUGGACCGAGGAAUUUGGAUUUGUUCAGAAGAAGGAUCGUGCAAGUUUGUGCUUUCUGCUGUGAAAGUGUUGUAUGUCGCACAUCAAGUGUUCAACUUUCAAACGAAGCACAAAAAAUAAUUUCAUGACGAAGCUGACAAGACUGAAGCUGUCAAAAAAGCUGUGGCGGGAUAUGAAACGCAAAGCCGUGUUUUUCAGCGUUUUAACCGUCCAGGCAGAGGGCUCUGAUGACUCCUGUGUCACCUUCGUUUUGCACGAUGAAGAUCACACGUUGGGGAACUCGCUCCGCUACAUGAUCAUGAAGAACCCAGAAGUGGAGUUUUGUGGCUACAGCAAUACUCAUCCUUCAGAGACCAAAAUAAACUUCAGGAUUCAGACGAGAGGUGAGCUCCCCGCUGUGGAGCCCUUUCGUAAAGGGCUGAAUGAUUUAUCAGGAGUCUGCCAGCAUGUUCUCAACACCUUUGAGACAAGUAUGAAGACAUACAAAGAGCAGAAAGAGGAAGCCAUGGACUAAUUCUGGAGCUGACCAAAUGUUGAGGUUUCUAUAGCAACAGAGCUCCUUGCAGGGUGCCAACCCUGCUAGGAACAGUCCUACAAGUGAAGAAGAAAAUCAAGACAACAAAUUACAGUAAAGUUAGUUCGAAUUUAGUAAGCGAGAAACUUAAAGAAAAAAAGCCACUUUUUGAUAGUUGGUUAGAAAGAAACAACUAAAGUAACUUGGACAGUAAGUUAAAAUAACUUUAAGUUAGACAUUAAGAAGAGAUUAAGAGAUCAAGUUAGCAAGACACACACUGACAGUAGGAAUGACGCCGUUGGAGAACGAAUGAAGACAGGUAGUAAAACUGUUCGAGACAGACAGUAAGUUAAAAAUAAACAAUUGGAGACUAAAUUAAGUAAGUUAGAAUGAAACCAUUGGAGAACAAAGUUAGAAUAAACGAGUAAAGACAGAUGGAACAAAUUAAGAAUGAACCAAUAGAAUACAAGAAGAAACAGGGAAGGAACAAGAGCCAGCGGAACAGAAGGACAUUUAGUUUCAGGAAAAAAGACUGACAGUUAACAUCAAAGAUGAAAACCAUAUACUAUUAUGAGUAAAGCAACUGUGGGGGUAACAGAAAAAGAAAACAAACAGCCUGUCCACCCAAAUUCUUUUUUUUUUUUAAAAAAGGAUGAGCUUGAAUUUAUUUAUUUCCAUUUUUCAUCACCAACAAUGAUUGUUUGGCUGUUUCUGUUAAAAUGUGCUUUAUAAAUAUAAUCUGCUGGAGACAUAA